CCAUGUCUAGCCGGGAGGCUCUGGUGGCGGAGGCGGAGGGGCUGCGCUUGCACCUCUCCCGCACCAACAGCACAGGCUACAAAGGAGUGAAGCGGCUCUACAAUGGCCGCUUCCAGGCGGAGCACGGAAGGCACGAUUACAUCGGCUGCUUCGGCUCAGCGGUGGAGGCGGCGGUGGCGUACGCGCGGGCGGUCGGCGAGUACCAGCCUCCGACAGUGGCUGCGGAGGCGGCAGAGGGGAGGGCGGAGGCGGAAGCGGCAGCGGUGGUGGCGGAGGCGGAGGGGGUGCGGCUGCACCUCUCCAGCAGCAACAGCACCGGCUACAAGUGCGUGUACAAGCGGCCAUCUGGGCGGUUCUUGGCGGUUAAGGUGCACGGUGGUGAUGGCAACGUCAGCUUGGGCACCUUCGGCACGCCGGUCGAUGCGGCGGUGGCGUACGCGCGGGCGGUUGGCGAGCCGGCGCCGCUUGAGGAGGGAGCGGGGCCGGCGGCGGCGGCGCCAGCGGCGCCAGUGGCGGUCGCGGAGGGUUUGCGUCUGCAUUUGUCCAGCAGCAGCAGCACGGGCUACAAGGGCGUGCAAAAGAAAUCGUGAAACGGCCGCUUCGAGGCGGUGCACUGGGUGGGCGGAAGGAAGGUCAGACUAGGCACCUUCGACACGGCGGUGGAGGCGGCGGUGGCCUUCGCGCGGGCGGGCGGCGAGUACCAGGGCUCAUCCUCCCCCCGACAGUGGCGACAGAGGCGGAGGGGCUGAAGCUGCACCUCUCGAGCAGCGGCGCUACCGGCUACAAGGGGGUGACUAAGCAUCACAGUGGCCGCUUCGAGGCGGUGCACUAUGUGGGC